CAGGAAUAUCUGCUUCAGAAGUUAGAUUUUUCCACAAACAAAGCGCCUCGGUUGGGAAAAUCCAAGUCCAGCCCCGUCCGAGCCUCAUAAAUGUGUCUGUCCGCGUGAAGACCCGAUGUGGGUGAACCUGAGAGCUCUGCAAUCAUGAAGCUCAUCCUCGCUGUGCUGGUGUCGUCUUUGGCGGUCGAGACCCGGGCUCAGUGGUACCGCUUCCCAGGAGAAGCCGUAGGAGGUGCAAAGGACAUGUGGCGCGCUUACCGGGAUAUGAGGGAGGCCAACUGGAGACACUCAGACAAGUAUUUCCAUGCACGUGGGAACUAUGAUGCUGCAAGAAGGGGCCCCGGAGGGAGAUGGGCAGCCGAAGUGAUCAGUAAUGGAAGAGAGGCUCUGCAAGGAUUUGGUGAUUCGGGCCGGGGUAGGAAGGAUUCUGAAGCCGACCAGGCGGCCAAUCGCUGGGGGCGUAACGGCGGCGACCCCAACCGCUACAGACCCAAAGGCCUUCCCAACAAGUACUGAAAAGAAGAUGGCUGAAAUCAUUUCACUGUAAUACUGCUUGAUUCAAUUUUGCUUUAAGAAACACAUUUCACUUUUUUACUACGUCUUGACAAUCAUCUUUAAUUAAGUAGGCAAUCGACUUUCAGCAUCAUCCAGUGCAUGUAACACACUCUGAAUAAAGAAAACUACUUCACUUUUCA